AUGGCGGCCGUGGCGACCAUGAAAGGCUUUGAGGGAUACUGGGGCCCGCCGACGGCCACAAUGGACUGGUGUGAAGGGAACUACCUGGUGACGCCCUAUGCUGCCGAAUUCUUCAACAGCCUCACAUCGAUGUUCAUCGCUGUUGCUGGGAUACUGCCCCUCCUUAUUCACUUCCGGAGGAGAGACUGCAUGGAAUGGAGGUUCAUUAUCGCUUUUCUGAGCGUAACCAUCGUUGGCUUGGGAAGUGUGGCGUUUCACGGGACUUUGCUUUUCGAGCACCAGCGCUGGGACCAGGUGCCAAUGCUGUGGACUGUUGCCAUGAUCCUGUACGUCCUGUUCGAACAGAAGCAUGUUCAGCCGGCAUACCGUGUCUUGCCAGUCGCUUUGUUUGUCUACGCUGUGGUCGCGACAUUAGCGACCUCCAAGCGAAGCGGGGACAUGCAAUGGUUCUCCUUCCACGGUUUCUUUGGCCUUGCCACUUUCCUCGCCGUUUGCAAGGUGACGCUGUUCUACCGCAGCUUGCCCAAGGACAUGACGGAGUUGAGAAAAGUCAUGUCGUACGGCUUCAUCGCUUUGGGGGUGGCGAUUACGGUUUGGCUGAUGGACCUGAAGCUUUGCAACCAGCUGCAUAUGCUGCCAGCCUACGAUUACUGGAAUUUUCAUGCCUGGGGCUGGCAUUUGAUGGUGUCUUGCGGCCUCUACAACAUCCUGAUCGGAAUCUGGUACCACCGGCUCAAGGUGGUCCUGGAGAAGGAUGUGAGCUUGUGCCUGUCACCUCUCCCUCAUAUCGCCUUCGAGGAGCGGACGCGCACCAUGGAACGUUCUCAAGCUCUCAGCCGUGCACUGACGGAGGAGUUCGAGCGCAGCAUUGUGGCUCAGGCGGUUGCCGAGGCUCGCACGGAAGCGCGCUCGGCUGUGGCCGCCGAGGGCCACCGCGCCAGCGACGCAGUGCAGCAGGCCGUGCGGCAGCUGAGCCAGGACCUCGAGGCCCUCCGGAAGGGCCUUGCGCAGCGUGGCCCGGAGGGGCCUUCGGGUGUCGAUGUUGCGAAGCUCGCGGAGAAGAUCUGUGAGGAGAAGAUCGAAAAGCUGGCGAUUUCGGAGCACACCAUGAAGACCCAGGCUGAGGCGUUGGAGCUAUUGCAGAACAAGGUGCAGCUAUGGGAGGAGUCCCUGCGCACGAAGCUGCAAGCUCUCAUCAACAAAGUCGACAGCAAGUGCUUGGAGGGCUUCGCUCCGUUCCUGUCCGAGCUCGGCUCGGCGCUCGGCAACAAGCCGAAGGUGCUCAGCGUGGACCGAACGCAAGAUUCAAGUUGGUGCAACCACUCCAACAGCUCGGGAAACAGCGAUUCGCAAAGUGCGCGGUCGCCACAGGCGCCGAGCCGAUGUGAUCCCAAGUCCAAGGUCGUUGCACCGCAGGUUCAACGCCAGUCCAGCGCCAGCCGACUGGAAGAAAGCCAGCAGAUCGCCCUUCAGCUGACCAAGCAUGGUGGCGAUUUUGUUGGUGUGAUCAAAGAGUUUGAAUCAAAGAGGUUUGUUUCUGCCCCGGACAUCUCGGAGAUGCGAAAGGUGGUCUAA